UGGUGUUUUAAAUCAAUAAUAAUAUUUGUUGUCAUCAGUAGUCGUAAUAGUAGUAGUGAUGGCUUAUUGUGCUGUUUAUUUGAAUCGUAUAUCCCGUGAGAAAAACUGUCCCGAAAAACCCGAAGACCCGUUAAUAAUAGAGAAGUGUAUUCCACACGACGCCAGGUUCUCAUUCGUUGAUUUUGUACCGUCGGUACACCACUUCUCGGCCAACAGUCAGGUCGAGUAUCACUCAUUUCGCCAUUUAGUCGAUACAUGCAAUGUAUGGCUGAAGAAGAACAUACUGUGGGAUGUAGUGAACUGCGAGACAGUGAAGCUGUCGUAUCGGCACAACUUGACAACAAUGGUUAGCCGAUGGGAAGUCCAGACAAACCCGGCGGCCAACCCGUGGGUUACACCGACCAGAGGCGACUUUGAAACAUCACUUAAAGUGCUUCGAGUUUGGAUUAAACGCCGCGAUGAGGAAAGGGAUGCACCGGUAGAGUUGAAAUAUAAAGAUUUUGAGCCAAUCAGAAAAGACGGUAGUUUUGAUAAUCUGGAUGAUGUGGUCAACAGAAUCAAUGACCAAAUUCGUAGCAAAGAAUUGACUGGCAGUCGACUUAUAACCAUUGAGGCGCUGAAUGUCGUGGCGAACGGCGAAUGGAGAAUCGAUACCGAGCUUAGUGUUGCCGAUGAGUCCGUACGACACGUAACUAUCAUACGGGUCUUCUACGAGAGCAGCGUCGGUGGCGUCGGCGGAGACAAUGGUCUGUUCAAUGAACACAUAGGUAUAGCCGACUUCACUCCACACCAUUUGUCUGGCGGAUCGCUAUUCAAGAGACCGCACUUCGAGUCGUUUUCGUCGAUCAUCGACAGAGCCUCGCAAUGGCUGUCAGACAAUCCAGAAAUCAAUUUUUUAAACGCACAGUCCAUUGACAUUAAACUCAAAUCUCUUACCAAAGUGGACACUCGGGUGUGUUCGCACACAGAGCACGGCGAUUACAUACACAUAUUACGGGUGGCCUAUACUAAGCCUUUCGAGCAUCUGUUGGGCGGCCAAACAUCGGCGGACAAUACUAGCAAUUCAAGUCGUACGGCCGACAACCAGUCUAUAGGUUGGCCAACUGGUCCUCCACCGCCGGCACCAAUAUAUUUGUCGUCGAAAGUGUUUUUGGUGUCCAAACAGGACAUACUGGACGACGUUCACCACAAAAUCAACAAUUGGGUGAAAGACUCGUCACAAAUGGAUGAGAGAUUCAAAUCUCGUAUAAUGAGUGCCGAAACAGUACAGGUGUUCGCCAAGGAUGGCGACGACCGUAAUCUUUGUCGAGCUUUGGAACAGACCUUUCAGUGCAAUCGAUUGGGUCUAAUGAAUACAUUCGCCUUCAACGCCAUUCGUGUCUAUUUUGAUGUCGGCUUUUAUGGCCGAAACAGAAGUAUGUCGACAAUGCCAACCGUGCCGUUGGUUCCCAUCGGUCCCGUAGCAGGACUGCCAUCAUCAUCAGCGGUACUACUCGCCAACUGUGACGACAACAGUAUUACCGGUGCCACCGCUGCUUCCGGUUCUCCAUAUGAAUACAGAAGUCGAUCGACUUCCUGCACAUGUAUGUGAUUAUGUGAUUCUCUAUU